AUGACGCCUGAACACCACUCAAAAAGGCCUAUAAUACUCGACGACUCCUACGCCUCACCUGAGACUGCGGCUUUACACGAAGAAGCGUACGAGGGAGCCCUCGUGGCUAGAGAGGAUUCCCCGAAGGGUCUCCUUUCCAUGUCGGCCUACGGGAAGGCUCAACCACCGCAUCUUCAUGGCUACGACUCCAGUCGAACAUAUCCCGAAACAUUUCAAUACGCCGCCCCAAACUUUGGGUCACAAUCAUCAGGGCCUGCGUCAACUACCGCUCCAGUGUUCCAAAAUGCUCAGCUGACAAUGGCAUAUCCUUCGAAUCAAGUGCGUCCUACGUAUGAGGAUCAGGCUGGUCCAUAUCUGAAUGUCGGAUCUACGCCAAUGCCCGAGGUGACCUCUUAUACCCCAAGCCGAGGAUCUCGAGAUACAAAAGUUUACGUUUACAUCAACUCUCCCUACGAACUCCUGACCGCGAACAUACCGUCCUUUUUCCUCGUUUUUGGAAACAGAAAAUGUCCAGCCACAUUACAGAAGUUGGCCCAGCAAGGAAACCAAUACCAAUACAACGUGUCAGCGGAAGCACCACAGUUUGGAACAACUGGAUGGCCAUCUUCGCCCGUACCGAUAUGCAUGUUUAUGGAGAGUGGAGACGGAGAUGUAAUGGGGAAGGCUGACGUGGGAGAUUUCACAUUCCUAGACAGCGGGGUUCAGAGUGGGAAUACCACUCCGCAAGAUAUUUCUAGGAAACGAAAAAUAUCUACCGACUCGGCAGAGCUUAUCAAAAGUCCAGCCAAACGGAGCUCAACCCAACAAUUGAGGCCGAAAGAAGAGUACAGCGGCGGUUACGGCUAUGCGUCAGGCGAUGCAUCUUCCACAUACUCGCCAUACAUGCAGUCAACAAAUUCCUACAGAAAUCUUGACAAUCAUCAAUAUGCUCGAUCAACUGAUAAUUAUCAACCACAUCUAGCGUACGGCUACUCGACGUCUGGCACGGCUGCUCCACCAACUCUCAAGGCCCAAUCACCACAGGUUGGAAAUUGGAAUUCAUAUGCCACUGUUGGCUCGAAUAUGUCGAGGGGAGAGGGGGUUCCGUCAAACGUAGGCUUACCUCGUCCGACCUUAUCUUCACUUCCAUCGCCUGCAAUCUCUGCGAACCCCCCGUUGAUUAGAACCUCUACCCUGCAGCAGACGCCAAGCCCUGCAACGACUCCGCAUGGGCACCCUGGUCAGCAUUUCAACGCGUAUGCGCUCUAUCCGCACAAAGCCAAGCUUGAAAUCAACGGAGAUCUUGAUGCAAUGGCACAGCAUUGGUCCGAGGAAGAGUUCGAAUCCCGGAGAAGGCUUGUGCACUUUAGACGGUCCCAAGCAGGAAGCGCGAUCACAACGACCUUUCAGCCCGUUUCAGUGGACGAACGGCCGCCGAACAGCACGUGUAUCAGCUGCAUCUACUGGGAAGAGAAGCAAGAGUGUUUUGUGACCAGUGUAGAUACGAUCUAUCUUUUGGAACAAUUAGUCGCGGCUCGAUUCACGGUGGAAGAAAAGAACCGGAUACGAAGAAAUUUGGAAGGGUUCCGUCCGUUGACGGUCUCGAAAGGGAAAUCUGACAGCGAAGAGUUCUUCAAAGUCAUCAUGGCUUUCCCGGCUCCCAAGCCACGGAACAUCGAGAAGGAUGUCAAGGUGUUCCACUGGAAAGAUCUAGCAUCGGCGUUGAAGAAGAUUAUUGGCAAAUAUUCUGCUAGCCCAUCUUCAACACUGCCACCAGCUCUGUUGACGCCAGUCAGCUCAACUGGGUAUGCCACUGAAGGCUCUUCGGCUGGCAUGUCUUACGUUAGUGACCACCACGGAGCAGUUUCUCCCCGGUCUAUCUCUGGCUCGACGACGUCGACUGCUUACACCUCGAGCAUCCCUGCACGAGCACUCUCGCCUCACAACCAGAAGUCUCUCGGCCUUCAGAGUGGUCCUCCUGAUCUGCGAGUAUCCUUGCCCCACAACCCCCACGAGGCUUCAAGCCACUGGCAGGGAGGCCAGCAUCACAUGCAGACCUCGCAAUCAUACCAGCACCCACAGCUGAGUAACUCGAGCAGUCGCAACUCCUGGGACAUGUCGACAUAUCUGGAAAACAACCCAGCGACUGCCGCCGGCACUUCUGCUCCUCCACAGGCCUUGAACUAUUCGAGUGCACGCUCCGCUGCAGACUCCGCAGGUUCCGGGGCCGACAACAGGUUGGCUCGCAGUCUUUCAUCGCAGCAACAAAGUCAGCAGAUGCCGCGUACAUAGCACAGGGUAACCUGAAUGCGGGCGCGGGCGGUGAUUGGCGAGCGCGGAUAUCUGAGGGUGUCCUGUGAGAAUCAUUGGUCAUGCGGCCAGUCGAUUAGCGCGAACAAAAACCCUGGUCGCGCCUCGUAUUACCCUCACAUGCACACCCUCUGCACAACAUCUUCCCACCGACGCAUCUCCGAAAAC